AUGAAGGAACGAGCCGUACGUAGCACUUUCCCGGAGUCCGAGGACGCGUACAUCGUAUAUACGAGUCCACCUUUACGCGACCAACACUCGCAGGCCCUGAUAGCAGAUUCGAUAGCUGCCUCCUUCUCUUCUUCCACUUCUGGACAGACAAAAAGAUAUCGUCAAAAUUACAAAACUGGCAGCGGCAUUGUCGUGCCCGAUCAACCAGCCAUACUUGCGGAUAGUCAGGAUACGUCCGGGCGACAUUUGCUACAAGCAGAAUACACAAAACACAACGAACGGGAC